AUGGCGCCGUUUAAGUUUGCUAAAAAAGGCUCGAAGGACAAGGCUAAGCAAGAUGCCAUUGCUGAAGCCAAACCGGUAAUACCACCACCUAAUCCAAAGCGAUUCAUGCAAAGCGAGAAACCAGCGAUUUCAAAUAUUCCCGAACCGGUCGCAUCUCGCAUACAUCCAACCCCAGUCCCUGUGCAGCAGAGAAAUGUCUCAAGCGCCUCUGCGUUGCACCAAGCGGAGUAUGAACCUUGGAAGAGGAUAAAGUUGACGAAUUCGCCAUUCCCCCGUUACCGACACGUCGCGUCUGCUUACAUGUCGGAUCAAAACCAGGUGUUUGUGAUCGGCGGGUUGCACGACCAAUCGGUGUACGGUGACACUUGGAUUAUCUCGGCUCAUGAGAAUGGAACCCGGUUCUCUUCUAAGACUGUCGAAAUCGGUGACUCCACUCCUCCGCCGCGAGUUGGCCACGCGUCCACAUUAUGCGGUAACGCCUUUGUCAUAUUUGGAGGUGACACACACAAGGUCAACAGCGAGGGCCUGAUGGAUGACGAUGUCUAUCUUUUCAACAUCAAUUCCUACAAGUGGACAAUACCCAGGCCCGUAGGACCCAGGCCCCUGGGUCGUUAUGGUCACAAGAUUAGCAUCAUAGCCACUUCUCAGAUGAAAACAAAACUUUACGUUUUUGGCGGGCAAUUUGACGACACCUACUUCAACGACCUGAGCGUCUUUGAUCUCUCGUCCUUCAGGCGUCCGGACUCGCACUGGCAAUUCAUCAAGCCCAACACUUUCACCCCACCGCCUUUGACCAACCACACUAUGAUAUCUUACGAUUUCAAGCUUUGGGUCUUCGGCGGUGACACACCCCAAGGUUUAGUCAACGAUCUGUUCAUGUAUGAUCCUCAGUUGAACGAUUGGAAAGUCAUCGAAACAACAGGAACGUCGCCGCCACCACUACAGGAGCAUGCAGCCGUGCUUUGCGGCAAACUAAUGUGCGUAGUUGGAGGGAAGGAUGAACAAGACGUUUAUUCAAAUGACGUGUAUUUUCUGAAUUUGGUUUCUCUCAAGUGGUUCAAAUUUCCUUACUUCAAAUCUGGGAUUCCCCAAGGGCGUUCCGGUCAUUCUUUGACACUGCUGCCAAAUAAUACGCUUCUAAUCAUGGGUGGCGACAAGUUUGACUACUCCAGACCCCAUGAAGAUGACUUUCAUACUUCAGAUGUAGAUACGGGCCAUGGUACGAUCCUUUAUACUCUCGAUUUGGGUAAGCUGAAAGAACACUGUCCAGGCAUUUUCGACUACGAGCGUCUCAGCACACCUCAAAAGUUUGCGAAUAGAGAUGCAGCAUCACCACAGUUGACUAACAGAUCUUUCUCCGGGGGCCAAGCUCAAUCACAGCAGGGGCAUCAGGCGUAUAUCUCACAACAACAGCAAAAUAUCUUGACGCCAUUCAGCGAGAAGUACCAAACACCAAGAACUGACCAGGGUGAUUUUGCGUUGGAUAAGAGCACACCAAAAGCUGAUCAUAUGCAUACACCCGGACCAAUUUCCGACAGUGGUGCACUACCAAAUCCUCAGACUUUCAAGAAACCUACUUCACCUGUUCCACAACUAAAACCUUCGCAAUUAGGCGCCCAGAGUCCUCCGCCUCGUGUUGUUUCCUUAAGCUCUGCUAACGAAUCUGACAUCAACACCUCGAGAGGCUAUGACAGUCAGCUCAGUGGCGAAACGAGCGACGAAUAUGGUGUCGCAAUGAUCGGAAACUCUCCCUCAAAACCCGUUGUUCGAGAAAGUAUCAUUCCCGAAAGUGCAACGCUGGAGAAUUUGGGGGAUCGUACUGUCACAGAUGACCUUACGCCGAAAAGUGACGAUUUUGCUGAUACAACCUCCCCGUCGGGGGACUUUAAAGCGGAAUCUACCGUGGAACGUACUUCAGAUGCAAAAAGCUCGUCGAGAGAAUUGAUAGAUGCUCUGCGUAAGGAACUGACAGAAUUGAGAGCAGAAGCCGAGAAUAAUGCUCAGUCAGCAAGUCAAAAAAUAACAUCCUUAGAGUUGGAAAAUUCGAAACUUAAAGACAGCAGUAAUAUAGGGACACGGUUUAUCAAAUUACAGACCGAUUAUGACAUUACAAUCGCCGAUAAAAAGGCUCAAGAAGACAGAGUUAGUGAAGUAGAGGAUCUUUUGUCAAAAAAAUUUCUGGAUGUAGCGCGGCUACACGACAUAAUCAGGGCCCAGAGCGACAAAAUUGAACAAUUUGGCGACCAAGAGUCUUUCAAAGAAAAGUACGAAGAGCUACUUUUCAAAUAUGAACAUUUGUUGAAAGAGCAUGAGUCCAUCAAGGCCGUAGACCGCGAAGACACAAAAAAUUUGCAUUCUUCAAUCAACCAGUACAGUGUUCAGCUGCAGGAUUUUCUGUCACAAACUAGUACAAAUGACAAUGUCGCGAAAACGAGGUCUGUUUCUGAACACCAUCAAGGAGUUAUUGACGGUUUGAGGGCUCGUGUUGAAACCAUGACAGUAGAGAGAGAGGAAAGCGCUGCUGCUGCUCAAAACCUCUCCGAAUCCUAUAAGAGCCUCCAGGAGAAGAACCGUCUGCUAGAACAGAAGGUUGAAGACCUAGAGCAAAACUAUGAGCACAGUGUGAACUCUGUGAACAACGCUAGUAGGGCAUUAGAGCUGUCUCAAGCCGACCUGAAUAAAUUCAAGCAAGACAACAAACGGCUUGCAGACGAGCUAGAGGAACUGAAAUACAAGUCCCCCGACUACCGCGAUGUCAGCAUUACUUCAGUCGAUGAAUCUAUCGCUAGCUCCGGGGCUGUAGCUGCGUCGACUGAGUCCAAAAAUGACAUGAGAGCUGCCCCUUACCGCUUGAAAAUUAAUGACUUGAAGGCAGAGCUCUUCAUUAUAAAGCAAGAAAGAGACUCGCUAAACGAAAAUCUGAUGGAGCUGAAAAAAAAGUUACUAAACCUUGAGAAUGAGGACGAUUGA